CCUCUGCAGACAACAAAGUAGCAAUGACGAGGAGGACGCAGAGGAUGAAGUGGGCGAACGAACACGCAACUACCAAAUCUUCCCCGUUUCCACAAGCCAUCCUCUAAAUCUACCGCCGUUCUCGCUUCACCUGCUCGAUCCACCCUCUCAUUCUCUCUCGAUCCAUCCUCUUUUUAUCAGCAUUGUUCACGUCUUCAGCUUUCGCUGAGGCUUUGAGGAAUCGGUCUGUGCGAUCGCGUUCGAAUGAGAACAAUGACCGUAGGCAGUCGAAAUGAAUUCAUCCAGUUGUAGGAUGGGGUGUCUUUUGUCUGGUGACCGACGUAGGUGAUCUACUUUCGCUACUAUUGAGCACUUAUCUAAUUUACAGGCGAGAUUCUUAGCUGGAUAUUUGGCUUCUUCCCUCAAGGCCUCAAAGACGUUUUAUUUCCACAAACUAAUACAAGAUACCGAAGAAAAGGAUUAGCUGUGAGAGAAAUGAGUAUUAAUACUACACAGAUGGAUGUUCAUUAUAUAAAUACUGGAUUUCCUUACACUGUCACUGAAAGCUUUAUGGAUUUGUUUGAGGGCCUUACAUAUGCUCAGGCUGAUGCUGCCCUUUCAGAAACUUUGCAUGACCAGGGAAACACAUACUGGUCAAUGAUGUACACAAAUGCAUAUAAAUAUGGAUUUCCUGGCUCUUCCAUUGAUUCAUAUUAUGAUUUUGGGCACUUUGAGGUUGCUGAUUAUGCCCAAAGAUCAGGUGAAAGGAGAGAAUGGGACAACCCUCUAGUUGUGAACAAUUUUGACUCACAACAAACACAACACAAUGAAUAUGCUCAUGAAAGUCAAAAUCAUGGUGCCGAGGAGUGCAUUCAAGUACAGCAAAAUGCUAAUAGUUCUCAGGUCAUAUGGGAAGACCAUGUUGAUCCUGAUAGUAUGACUUACGAGGAAUUACUCGAGUUGGGUGAGACAGUUGGAACACAAAACCGAGGUCUUACACAAGAACGGAUUGCUUCACUUCCUAUCACAAAGUACAAAUGUAGUUUCUUUGCCAGGAAGAAAACUCAACGUGAGAGAUGCGUGGUUUGCCAGAUGGAAUACAAGAGAGGAGAUCGUCAAAUGAUUCUUCCAUGCAAGCAUGUAUACCAUCCUGUGUGUGUAUCUAGAUGGCUUAGCAUAAACAAGGCAUGUCCAAUAUGCUCUGUUGAGGUAAGGUAAGGAACCUCAAAGUUAGCAGGUUGGCUAGAAGAUUUGUGUAGCAUUAUCAUCACAAUUGCCUUCUUUUUCUUCCUAUUGAUUCUGUGCCCUCACAGUGAUUGGUCUUAUCGUUGUGCUCAUCUUUGUAUCCAUUGCACCAAGUACAAAUAUGAUUGUAGAUUUCAAACAAGAAGAUUUGAUACUAUUAUUUCUCGACAAUCUUUUUUAUGUUUGUGUAUAUGGGCUUGUUUUGCAUUUAAGUCAAGAUGGCUUACCAUGGAUUACUUGUUGAAAAAUAGUUUUCAUAAUCAAUUAAUCAAAUAAGGGCAUGGACAAACUAUUUCAUAA